UUUUGUGACAAUUAUCUGAAAAACUAUGAAACGAUCCAUUUACUUCUUUCUGCACCUAAAACUGUUAAAAGAAAUGCAAAACGAGAGAAUUCUGAAGAUCAUAUUUGUUGGACCAGCCAGUUCCGGAAAAUCGUUGCUUGUGAAUAUCUUAUCCCAACAAAUUGAUAUCACGAAAAUAUCCUAUCGUCCCACCAAGGCAGUUCGAAUAGUGGAAACCGAUGUCAAAGAAAUCCCCAAAGAAGUUUCGAUUCUUCCAAAAAAUAUCGGGAUCCAACUUUGGGAUUUGGGCGGGGAUAAGCACAAUCAGCAAUACUGGAAUUCCGCUUUGUACAACGCCGAUGGCGUCGUUCUGGUGUACAAUGCUGACCGCCCUGGACAGGACAGGGAGCUGGAAACUAUUGCCUACUUUUUCAACCAACGUCCCGAAAAUGCUAUACUGAAACCAGUUUCGGAUUCCCGGUGUUUUGUGAUCGCCAACAGCCAGCGUCAGCAAGAUCGUUACAGGAAUGCAGAUAAAUCACUCCUGCCAUCGUCAAUCAGUAAUAAAUUUAAAGAAAUCCACUUCAACGACCCGCGAGACGAUGUCGAACGCAUACAGAAAGAGUUCCAGAUUUUCGUUAAUAACAUUUACACGGAGAUCUCAACAGGGCGAAAGUAAUAAAAGCUGCAGUGAGCAUUGCACAGGCUUAAAACAUUUCUGUCUAGAAAACCAAAAUUAAUUUCCUUCUUCGAUUAGAAAUUAGAAUGCAUCAUGCAAAGAAUAGUGCGUUAUGAGAGUUUAAACCGUACAUACCAUUUCAAGAUUAAAUAUUUAUAGUAUCGUCUGCUCAUACAUGAUUCUGCUAAAGCCCGGAGGAGGAACGAACUGGAAGUUUGUGAAAUAAAAAUCAAGAAUGGCAUCGCGGUCCACAAAAGCACACGGAAAAACAGUCCCUUUCGGGCCCCGGACAGAAGUGUUGAGCGGCUUUCCAUUAAGAUGGAAACUCAUCUCCACAUGAUCAUAGGCGACACCCUAAGUAGAAAAGCGUAAAUUUUCCACCAGUGAUUUAGGAAGAAUAACAGCUAUCAAAUAACACAGAUAUACUAGUAAGUGUUCUGCUUACCGCUGUUAAUGUUUAUAAUAAUCAUACCUCGUGUGAAGAUUUAAUUACUUAUGUUAAUAUAUAGAUAUUUACAAGUUACAAGUAAGCAAUAGGAGCCACUGGUCAUAUUGUAUAUUUGUAUGUUUUAUAACUGUCCAGUGUCCUGAAAUGCAGUGGCUUCAGUGCUCUGAAUGCCAGUGCAUCACAUAGAAUACGUAUUCCUAAUUUUCCAUUCAGUUGAAAUUCAACUUUUAAAUUUUAUUAUGAAUAUAGAUAUAAAUAAUUUUAAAUGAACGA